UAGCAGGAAAAAGGAGGGCACUGUACACCGGAAGGUUUUGUUGUUUUUCGUCUCCUGAGCGCAAGCUUUCCCUCAACUCUGCGAAACUACGUAUACAGUCUUCAUAAUGGAGCCGACGGUAGAUAGUCUGGGAAGUAAAGCAACAGAGGCGAUGUUGCAGCAGUUGUGUAGCUCUGCAAGUGCUGCAGGCAAGCACACGCAUCGUUCAGCAAAUUACACUCUGCACGUCAAACAGCAGCAGACCAGGGGACAAGACAUGAGUGAAGAGGAGAAAAGGAAAAGGGGAAAGGAACUCGAUGACGGUUUCUUUGAGUGUUAUGUGGAUGCAAUCGAUAAGCACGAUCGCUUACAAGCUGAACAAAUACAAAGACGUUAUGAAAAUGUUGAGGAUGAGUCUAUUGGUGGUUCAGGUUGGCAGCAGAUAGCCAGUGGAGACUAUACACCAGUUACUCUUGAUGACAAAGAGCGUGAGGAAAUGUAUCGAGCGUUACUUAGAACAGUGUACCACAAGACUGGCUCCACCGAUUCAACAACAACAGCAAGCUUGUAUUCAUACAUGCAAAAGGUAUUCAGUGUAAGUGAGGAAGAACACUCCACCUGGCUGAAUGAUGAAAUACAACGAGUAAAGCCUGCAAAGCAGUUUCUCUCUGUUUCUGUCAUCAGGGGAGUGGACCUAAAAUCUAAAGAGUUAAAGAAUACAAGCAACAUUUUUUGUGAAUUGGGCUUGGUGGAGUUGCCACCACGUUACCUGGACGGCAAGAGUGCGACCGAGAAUUUACAAACCCUAGUGAAAGACCAAUCGACUAUGCGAAGCACACAAAUCAUUACAGCCACACCAAAUCCAGAUUGGAACGAAACGUUUGAAAUAGACGUUGUUGCUGCGAGUGUACGUAAUCAAGUACUGCAGAUUGACAUACGUAUUGCAAAAACUGAAGACGCCAAAUCUGAGAAGGGCAUCACAAAAACCGAUGGAAAGAGCGGACAUGGUUUCUUUAGGCAUGUUGGUCAAGUUGGUGGGCACGUCUUUGGUAAGAAGAAAACUGACUUUUUGGGCCGUAUUUUCAUUCCAUUACAGGAUAUUUCUACUGACGGUGUUGAGAAAUGGUAUCAUGUUCUUGACAGAAAGCAACGACAGCUUGGUGGAAAGCUGCUAAUUAGCGUGUGCUUUGUUAUUCAGCAGAUGGCUUCUUUUCGCUCAGUGUGCUUUGACAGUGAUUUUAGUAGGCAUGUGAAACUACAGCGGGUGAUAUGGGCAUUUGAAAGUCAAGAAUUUUCGGAGAGUGGUGGUAACAAGUGGAACAUGCAGUUAAGCAAAUUUGCUGCAAGACUGAUCCACCAACAUGCCAACUGGCACAAGCUGACUCGGUUGGAAGAAGCACUUAUAGAUUGGAUUGUUGUUGCUGAGCAUCAUGAAAUUCAGUGCAUCGAUUAUGUGUAUAUGCUUAAUGCCGUAAAUACGCUUCAACAGGAAUGGGAAGCUGCCCGUCUCAAGGGAAUGAAUGAAACGGAUGUAUUAAAUGCCGCCAAACUCGAGAUGUUUGUUAAUUCAUGUCAUCAAUUUCAUCGUUGGUGUGCACAAGCUUUCUCGAAACUACGUGUGGUUUUCCCGUCUAAGAACAAGAGGGCAAUUGAAAGACUUACAUUCAUUUUGAAGUGUUUAGAAACUGUCUACAACUUUCCAAUCAUGACAAAGCAGCUGCAAUCCAAGAGCCUGUCUCAGUUUUUGAGCAACGUCUUAGAGAAAUCUACUGCAGAUUGGUUCGAGAGGCAAGAAGCAUUGGUGGAGCCACAAUACCAGACUGAUGAUGCCAUGAUUGAGGCAUUUGUCACCCUCACCUCAGACGUAGUAUUAGAUCUUUAUCAAGCUGUAAAGGUUUACAGUCCAGUUUUGGAACUAGUUGGAGUCGACUUUGUGACACUGGACUUCAAGCAUCUUGAUUCACGGUUGUCUCCCAGGAUUGAACAGAAAAUGAAGGAUUUCAACAGCACACUGAGAACAUUGGAAGUCGAAUCGGAUGAAUUCAAGACGCUCAGUAUGGCAAGCUUUCAGCUUUAUCUUGCUCUUAAAGAGAUCUACAGAUACAAAUCUGAACUGCCAGAAACGGUUGUGUCAGAAGUGUUGUUGUUCACAAAGAUGCAUCGGUGGUUUAGACGUUUGGUUGCAUGUUGGUUUGAUCUGGCCAAUGUGAAGACGUUUAACAGAAUAGACAAAGCAAUUGAAUUAGACAAGGUUCAGCGAGUUACGGACUUGAUCAUGUACUCGACAUCUGCUGUCGACACUGUUCAGUGUUUGUUCCAGCUUUGUGAGUUCUGGAAGAGAUUGAAUUGGCCGGAAUCAAACACUGCAUUUGCGUUCAGCGUCAAGCUGACUGAUGUUAUCUGCAAAGGUGUGGUUCACUACAGCCAGCAAAUGCAAGCAGUUUUAGAGAAAAGUGGUUACUAUGACACCGGGAAAGCUCAGUUCUUUGUUGGUGAACAGUUGUGUCUUUCUUUGAACAAUAUUCAGUAUGUGUGGACGUCGCUUAGUAAGCUGGUGGACUCUUUGGGCUGGGAUCGAGUUAUUGAGGAUCUUGCACAAGAAAAUGGCCGUGAAGCAGCAGAGCAAAGUCGUGCAAGUCAUAUUCAUGUUGUGGCCAGCACUGAUGAUGACUUGCGUGGCAUCUGUAACAGGAUCAUUGCAAGUAUUGCACAGAAGAUGGGAGUCAAUAUUUAUCGCUUUAUAUUGCCACUGAUUAAUGAUCUAGAGACCGUAAAUGUCGAGCAGAGCAUCACUGGCUUGAUGGAUUAUCUUACCAGCAAUUUGCAAACACUAAGCAACAGUCUCUUUAGUGACGUCUUUGCAUUAGUCUUGUUCGAGAUUUAUCGUGUUUGCAUUGAGGCAAUGAGAGACACAGUUGUUGACAAGUUUGAUCUUACUCCAGCUGUUUACGAUCGUCUCUUGAAGGCCAUUGAAAUUAUUGUGCCAUUUUUCCAUAGCGGUGGAAAGGGACUCCAACAAGAGGCAAUGGAAAUUGACCAACUGAAAGAACUAAAUCACAUGCUCAAAUUGAGAAAGAAGAAUACUAGUGAUUUGAUUGGAGUGUAUAUGCUUGAACUGGCUGAGGAGCAGGAGCAAAAGAGGGUGGUGGAUCAUGGCACAGUGACAGUGCAAGUAGGAUUUGUUGCACCGUUGGGAAAACUUUGUGUGAAAAUUUUGAAUGGUCGUAACUUGGCAAUUGCAGAUCCUACAGGAUUGUGCAAUUUUUCCAUUACUCUUGAGCCAUUUCCACAUCACAUAUUUCCAGAGAAAUCUCGUGCUUUACAGAAAACUACAGUACAGAAGAAGACGAUGACUCCAAUCUUUGACGAAACCUUUUUCAUUGAAUGUGCACCAAGUACUUUGACUGUCAAAGGAGCUUCAAUACUUUUUACCUGUUUCAACAGCACUUUUUACUGGUACUUGUUCCCCAAGGAUGAGCUUGUGGGACAAGCGAUCUGUUUGUUGUCUGCAGUUAAGACUGUGGAGAACGAAGCAGAUGUCGAUCGUCUCGAUCAAAUGAUGUUGUUGCUGUCGGUACCAACCGAACCAGUGGAUCGUCAAAGUGCAUAUCAUGUGCUGAACAGCAGAACUUCAGACGAGGCUGCAGUCCAGUUCAUCAAGAUGAGACAGCAGAUCUUCAAGAUGGUUGAAGACGUGAAGUAAUGUACUUGCAAAUUGGUAACUAAUGCAGAUUGUGAUUGAAUGCAUGACGUCAUUACUUUGUUCUCUUUUAGUUGCUUUGUAUGACAUUUAAUCAUGCCCAGCGCUAUAUAUCUAGGCUUAGGAAUACCUUUGAUAUGCAUUUAUAGUCAAGUUUAUUUCUUAAAAUUUUUAGUCUUCUUUUUGAGUAUGCAAAUGAGUUUACUGUC